AUGAAGGCCCAAAAUUGUGUGUUCCUUUCUGCUCUGACAAUGGCAUGCCCAUUCUUGCGAGAUGUGGUGGAUGAAGAAGCACUUGUGCUGAGGAGAGCCUUCAGGCGAGAAAGGGUCUUCAGGGACCGGUUGGACCCACUGGCCUUCCCUGAUGACCAUCUAUAUGAAAGAUACAGGUUUUCUGCAGAUGGCAUCAGGUAUCUAUGCAGACUACUGGGUCCCAGGAUUAAGCACCGCACUGCACGGAGUGUGGAGCAAAUGGUUUGUGUGGCCUUGCGCUUUUUUGCUAGUGGAGCCUUCCUGUACUCAGUGGGGGAUGCAGAACAGCUGAACAAGGCCACAAUUUGCCGCACAAUAAGGAGUGUGUGUCUGGCUAUCAAAGCAUUAGCAGAUGUCUUCAUCUCCUUCCCUGGCCACAGAAGACUCUGUGACAUCAAAGAGGAGUUCUAUAGGAUUGCAGGUUUCCCCAAUGUCAUUGGUGCAGUGGACUGCACACACAUAAGGAUAGAAGCCCCCUCAGGUGCCCAUGAGGCCGAUUUUGUGAAUAGGAAAUCCUUUCACAGCAUUAAUGUUCAGAUGGUCUGCAAUGCUGACUGUGUGAUCAGCAAUGUUGUGGCAAAAUGGCCUGGCUCAGUCCAUGACUCCAGAAUCUUUCGGGCCUCUGAAAUCUAUCAGUGCCUAUCACAAGGUGAAUUCUCUGGUGUGUUGCUGGGAGACAGGGGGUAUGGCUGCCAGCCUUUUCUCCUGACACCUUUCACAGACCCCCAGGAAGCACAGCAGGCCUACAACCAUGCCCAUGCCAGGACCAGGGCCAGAGUUGAAAUGACCUUUGGCCUCCUGAAGGCACGCUUUCACUGCCUUCACAAAUUAAGGGUCAGCCCUGUUAGGGCAUGUGAUAUUACUGUGGCUUGUGCUGUCCUCCACAAUGUGGCCUGCCUGAGGAAGGAGAGGGCCCCCAGAGUGCCACCAGCCAUGGACUGGGACAAUCCGGCAAUCUUCCCUGAUGACGACAGUGGUCGGCUGCUGAGGGACCAAUAUGUGUUGAAUUAUUUUAGUUAGUAUGUGUGCUUUCAAUUUUGGUUAAAUAUGUCCUGCGGUGGCAGAGGAAUUUGGUUUUUUUUGGGUUCCUUUUUUUACGAAUUUGGCCUCUUAUGAUGUUUGUGUGCGGUAUACUGUGUGUAAUACAAGGCUGCAGGGAGGCUACUGCAUCCAUUCAUUUGUCUGUUCAGUUGAUGUGUAUGGAUUUGUCCUGCAUUUAUUUUAGUGUGCAGACAUGCAGGGUGUGUUAUAUACAGACCUUUGAAUGUGUAUGUAUCAUUUUGUAUAAUAUGCUUUGAUUCUGUGCUUUCCAUCUUGUAGAGUCACUGUGACU